CUAUAUUAGAUAUUUGUCUGUUGAGCCGAUUGAGCCACAGGCAAGUGACAUCUGUGCUGCUAUGAUGAGGCUUAGCACACCAAACACGCUACCCAGGACCAAAGCCUGCCGUUUACUCUUGGUUGAGUGCAGCUCCACCUGAAAGUGGCUGUUGUAUAUGGUCAAAACAAAAAUUCAAUAACAGUCUGCUUAUGCAGAAACAGCACUACUUCAACCUGUUUCAUAACUUAAAAGGCGGACCAAUGCAUGGGAAUUUCGGAAACUGAACUGAUAAAGCCAUAUAGAGCAAGUGAACUGGAGCUUAUGCGGCAGUAUACAUCGACCCUCGGCUCGGUUAGAGUAUUUAGAGCAGAUAUCUUCGCUUCUGUGGAGUACAAAAGCAACAAUCAGCAGUCUCAUUCGUCCUUCUACCCAAACC